UGAAGAACGUGAAUGCCACGAGAAAGUAUCUGCGUUAUUAUUGGGAUUAGAAGAGCUAGAAUUAUUCUAGUAUCUAUAAGAAAUAUUCAUGUUUAAGCGGAAACUAGCAGCUUUGGAGUAUCAUCAUCCAGAUACAUUUAACAUUAACUCUGAAGAAGARUGUCGAAGUUUAGUAGUAUGGCUAGAGGACCAGAAAAUCCGUCUCUACAAAAUAGAAGACAGAGAAGCAUUGAGAGAUGUGAAAAAUGAGAACUGGUCAAAAGCACUAACAAAGUAUCUUGCAGACUUGGAAUGCCCUCUCAAAAGCAAACAGAAGAGUAGUGUAUUAGACUGGCUUCUUGCUCAUGCUAUCAGACUAGAGUACGCAGAUAAUGCACAAACUUACAACAGUCCUGCAAAAGAGAGCCAGCCAUUAGCUAGUGAUAAAMCUGAUGUAUCUGAAGAACUUUUAAACUUAACAGUUGAUAAUCCUGAUUUAAAAGCAGGUGUGUCAUCAUUAGCAAGAUUACUCAACCUUCCUGAGCACCAUGAUCAUUAUGUUCUAUUACAGGCCAUCCAGGCAUUAGUUGAAUCUAGGUUAUCAAAGGAAGGGAUACAAGAAUCUCAACAAAAGAAAAAAGAGAAAAAGAAAGAACCAAGUGAUAUAAUAUCUUUAAGGACUUCAGAUCUUGGAUUUGACACUGGAGAUUCUGCAGUCAAUGAAGCAGCCAAAAUCCUACGUUUGUUGCAUAUUUCUGAGCUCAGAGAUCUUCAAACUAAAAUCAAUGAAGCAAUAGUUAGGGUCCAGUCUAUCACAGCCAAUCCUAAAACUGAUCAAAGACUUGGACAAGUUGGAAGAUAAAUCAUUUAUAUUUACAAUAAUUCAAAACUAUUAUAAGAAAGGUGCUUUGGUGGAAACUAUUUAUCAACUUACAGUAAACAUAAUAAUUCGGUCAAAAUAGACAAACAAUAAUUGUCUUGUGUCAUCAACAGGAAAUGAAGUGUUUCAAUUGUUAUAUAUAGCAAAAAACAUAAUAAAAUGGUCAUUUCUA